CACGAGAUUUGGCAUCAAAAUAUUAAAAUUUAAAAUGGUCAUGGUUAUUAUCUGUCAGUUUAUUAACAAUUCAGUUGUUUUUGAUUUUUUUACAUUUCAUUCAUUCUGCUUUUCGCAUUCAUAAAUUUUUUGUGUCGUUUCCAUUUUCAUUUCGGGAAACCACUAAAUUAUGGGUCUUUUUGUGCGUUGAGAGCCUAUAUGAAGACGGACUAACAACACAAAUCCGAAGGUCAGGUUAAGAACUAGAGGUGGGAAGAUUUAUGGAGCCGCUAUCUAAUCAGCCCGACUCCGCUUGACGGAAAUUUUCUGGGGGUCCGAGGGCCGAGUACUGGUGGAAGCGAAUCGCAAUAGUUGGCGCUCACUCUCAGUGUUCAAGUGUCGUGCGCACUGCAAGCAAGGUAGCGCGCAUCAUCGAGACAAUCUUUUUGUGACGCGUGUGCUUCUGUGUUUAGUUCAGUGCGAAUUUUCUAUCCGUUCGCGCCGAACUCUAAUGACAAUUGAAGAACGCGGAUCAACAACGACCAAGAUGGCUGCCGAUUCGGGAAUGGAAACCUGCCCUUCGCCAGAAAUCGCCGACUCCAGGAAAAGGCCGCUGGACGGGGACGCCGAAAACGGGGACACGAAACGCUCCCACUUCAGCUCAGGAGGAGAUGGAACGUUUCAUUUCAAAUUGUUGGUACCCAGCGUGGCGGCAGGAGCGAUUAUCGGUAAAGGUGGUGAAACCAUCGCUCAGUUACAGAAAGAAACCGGUGCCAGAGUGAAAAUGUCGAAAUCGCAUGAUUUUUAUCCAGGUACAACCGAAAGAGUAUGUCUGAUUACAGGAAGCGUGGAAGCAAUUUUACGCGUGGUAGAAUUUAUAAUGACCAAAAUCAGGGAAAAACCCGACCUAACGAAAACCAUGGUUGAUUCGGAAAACAAAAUGCACGAAAGGGACAAGCAAGUGAAAAUCCUAGUGCCAAAUUCCACAGCCGGCAUGAUAAUCGGCAAAGCUGGCAAUUAUAUAAAACAAAUCAAAGAAGCGAGCGGCUCGUACGUUCAGAUCUCCCAAAAAGCCAAAGACAUCAGUUUGCAAGAAAGAUGUAUCACUGUGAUAGGGGAAAAGGAACAAAACAAGCAGGCCUGCAUGAUGAUUAUAAGUAAGAUAGUGGAAGAUCCGCAAAGCGGCACGUGCUUGAACGUGUCGUACGCGGACAUCAACGGUCCCGUUGCUAACUUCAACCCCACGGGUUCGCCUUUCGCCAAUCAACAAUCCUCUAGCGCUUUCAAUGCCUCUUCAACGAGCCUGAACGGCAGUUUGAGCACGGCGGUAUCCCAAAGUCUCCUCCUCAAUGGCGGCAUCAAUUUGAACCUGAAUCUUGCCGGUGCGGGACAGAACAUUACAAACGUGACUGCUCAGUUGUUAGAUCACAUCAAGAUGCAACUGAGAUCAACAGGACUUCCGGACGCUCAAGUCGUUGAAAUUUGCGCAGCUCUGGCCGUUCUAGCCAAGUAUGGAGUCAUUUCCGUAGGAUUAGGGAUUGGCGGACCUCAUCAUCCAGCCUUACCAGUUUCAAAUUAUCUAAGUGUCAUGGAUUCAGCUAGCGCAGCCAAUGCUAAUACAGGAGUUUUUGGAGCAAUAGGACAAGUUAAUUUGGAUCAUUUAGGUGGUAAUUCCGCUGCUCCCCGAUCCAGUCUGGAACGUUACGAAUCCGCUUUCGAUCCAUUUAGGCAUCAAGCUUCGGCAGCCACGGCUCCCAUUUCAUUGAACAAUAACAGUUUUGGAUUAGGCACGAGCCAAGCAAUGACGGUGCUCAGUAAGAGUCCUACUCCGGCUGAACUCAAUGGUACAAAAGACUCAAAAAAUGUAGAAAUAGCAGAGGUCAUUGUCGGGGCCAUACUUGGUCCCGGUGGCCGUUCACUAGUCGAAAUUCAGCAAAUCAGCGGUGCCAGCAUACAAAUAUCGAAAAAAGGCAUCUUUGCACCUGGUACUCGCAAUCGCAUUGUAACUAUAACAGGCAACCCGCAUUCCAUCACAACUGCCCAGUAUCUCAUCGAGCAACGCAUUGGUGAAGAGGAAAUGAAGAGGGCGCGCAACAACGGCCUCGGCACGCUCGCAAUCCAAUGAUCGUCGGACAACAUAACCUCAAACAAUUUCAAAGAUUCGAGUACAAGCAACAGAAGUCCGCAUGAUGUAAAACCCAUCGGAGGAUAAAAUGUUUUGCGAUGGGUGUGGUUUAAUAGUUGGGACUCUAAUUUUAAUUAAAACAAAUUAUAUAUAAAUAUAUAUUAUGUUGUGACUUAAUGACGGGAGUUUAGCCAUCAUUUGUAUUGUUGAUACGUGUAUGUCAUUUGACUGGGGUCUUUUGUUGUCAAUUAAAACUCAUUUUAUUUAUGUCAGAAAAAUAAAUCAAACUUCUGGAGUAAUGAUUAUCGCAACUAAAGACGUGAGGACAAAUCCACAUUUUUCCCGCUUUUUAUAUUUUUCACCUAUAGUUUUGAACUGUACACCAAUCUCCUAUACCAUAAAUAAAAGGCUUAGACAAACUGAAAUUGUGGUGGAACGAAUUUCAAAAAUUACCACUUUUGAUGUAGGUGCCAGAAACUGCUUUGAAAAUGUUAUGGACAAUAUAAAUUUUGAUGCAUAAAUAUGAACUCCUACUAAUAUAUUCCAACUAAAAUUCAGGAUUAUCGAAUUUUUUUGGAUCUAAAAGUUCAGAAGGCUUGGUUAACGCAGCUAAAAUGCAAUUAGUACAUACUAGACCCAUUGGACAUCCUCCAGCUUUAAAAAAAAAAUACCUUUUACGACAGUGAGAACGUAGCUGAGAUAUCUAUUAUUUUACUACUCCUGAUACACCCGAGGCUUUUUUUUUUGUACGGAUUUAUAAAACCGUUUAACUUUUUUGUUUUUGUUUUGUAAACUUUUAUUUUAUUUACGUAAAGUUUAAUUUUUGAAUGACGUGAUUUUGACGAUUGAGUUGGUUUGGAUUUAAAUCUAUAAUUUUUAUUAAUUUACACUGAAAAAUUGAAAACGGAGAAAAGUGUGAUUUGAUCCCCAGUUUUAUAUUAAACAAAUGAUUUCUCAACCCGUUUUGUAAAUGUAUAUUCUAAAGUAGGUAUUUCCACAAUGAUUUUUAAUUUGUAUUAGUUAACGAUUUUAUUUUUGUAAUGUUUGUUACUCCAGAUUUGAUUUACUACAUCCGAUCAUUUGUUAAAAGCAAUUAAUUGGAAAGAAUGUUAUUGUUAAUUUUUCAAUUUUGUCUUUUGCGAUAAAAGAGGACCCCCUCAUUUUUGUUUUGCACACUGUACUCCGUGCAGUAUAAAUACAUUGUUCUUUUUUUGUUUAUUUUUCUAAACCUUGUAAAAUAUAUUUGUUUGUAAAAUGUUUAUUACAUGUUUAUUUGUAAAUUUUUAAUAAUUUUGAAUGGACCAAUUCUAAGUCAAAUUUAUUUGUACAGUUAAAAUAUUAUAUUUUUGUUGUAAUUGUAUGGGUACUUGUAUAAGGAUUUUAUUUUUUUUUUCAGCAAAGGUGAAUUGUUACGAAGCGAUCUGAUUUUUUACAGGUAGAUUUAGAAUUUUUGAGAAUUUUAAAUCGAAAUUGUGAUGACAUCAUUCAUAUUGUCACUUCUGGUGUUUGUACCAAUCAUUCUUUUUUCACAUUUCACAUAGAGUUUAUGUACAUAAUUUAAUCUAUUUUUUAACAUUUUAAUCACAUGUCUCACAGAUACUAAUUCAAGAGCAGUUUUAUUAUAAUUAGUUAUUUUAAUAGUUUGGACAAUCUAAGGUGGUUUUAGUUUUGUUUUCUUUACAACCCAUGAACAAGUAUAAAUGACCACUGCUUAUUAAAACUCUUUGAAAUAGCAUUGGAAAAUUUUUGAAUUUUUAUUAAAGAUGGGGAGCUGCUGCUAAAAUUUUUGGAUAAAGACGAAGAAACGUACAAAUUAAAAAACUAUUUUAUUGCUUUUUAAGAUCUGUUUCAAUCGAAAAUGUUGACAUAAUUUUCAACAUUUUCGAUUCCAAAUUUAUAUUUAUCACAGUUUUGACGUGGCUACAGCUCAGAAUUUUAGCAGUAGGUCUCGUAUCGCUAUUUUUAAUACGCUUUGGUCGUUAGAGCUAGCGGGUAUGACUUCAAAAUGGUAAAACAUAAAAUGUCAAAUAUUUUAUUAGUCAAAUGAAUUUAUAAAAGUAAUUAAAAUUAUUAAAAAAUAGUGAUGGGUCGCUCGGAAAUGCCUGACCGAGAUGUCUAAAAAGCAAAGUGCACACGAGGGAAAUUCUGAAUUUCUUACAAUGACAAAAAGUAAUUUUAAGUAGAAGAAACAAUAGGUUUGAGAUAUAGACUAGACGUCACGGCAAAUAAUAUCAUCCGUAUUAGCUCCUGCUUCUGUAAAAUUCACUCGUAAUGAUAUUUGAGAUUUUUUUCAUAUCAGAAAAUGUGUAAAAUGACUUUUUAAAAAUUUCUAUAAUUAUUUACUUUGAUUUUAUAAGUAAAAUAGUCUCAAAAAACCCUUCUUUUAUGAAUGUAUUUAAUAAAAAAAUUAAAAAUAUAUAAUAUCUGACGUUUUUGCAUAUACAAAUAAUACACCAAUUUCAAAACCAUUAGGAUAAUAAACUAGUUGACAACAUAGGAAAAUAUAAAGAUAAACUAUUUUUUCAGAUAUUUCAUGCAAACGUCUGUCAAAUAUGUCCAAAAAUUACUUUUACAGAAAAGACCCAUCACUAAAAAAAUAGUGUAAUUUUGAAGGCUUGUCUUUUAGAUCGUAGGGGGCUAACCAUAAUAAAGUUGUCAAUAUCUUACAAUCUGUUGACCUCAAAAAAAAAUUCAGAAUAUUUUACUAGUUGAGUUUUAUUGAUUUCAGAGCAGAAACAUAGUGUGCAGUCUAGUAACUAACUAAAACAUUUUUGGUUAUCCGUUUUUUUAAGGAGUGGUUCCCGCUUUUUGAGUCAUUUUUUUUACUCAGGUUUUUGUUUAAGAUUGUCUUAUUAGUUUAUAUUUAAUAUAAUUUGUAUAUUGUGAUUGGUAAUUAGUUGACUACUGUCGAUGAUUGAUGGAUUGAUUGAUCGACAUUCUCGAGAAAUGCUGAUAGUAUUUCGUCAUCUUCAGUGUAUUUUUUUUUUUUUUUUCGAAAUGUGUACCUGCAACGAACCUCAAAAAAUACCUAUAUAUUAUUGCUUGUGCCGUAACUGACCACCUGGUCAGUUAUCAAGAAAUCGUGAAAAGGAAAAUGUUUUGAUUUUAACGAAAUCAUAGAUUCUCUUACUACACUUUUCAAAUUAGUAACAAAACAAUGGGAGCAUUGUAUACUCAAAAGUGAUUAUCAAAAAUCAUUUAUUCGCUAUUCCUAUUAAACUUUAAGAAUGUCAUUUACAUAUAUUUAUUUUGAUUUUGACGUCUUAUCAAUAGUAUAAAAUUAGAUGUUAGAUUUUUUUUUAUUUCUAUCUCUCCUAUGCAUCUAUUUCAGUCGAUAUUGCCCAGAUAUAACCUUAAUCAUCAGAAUCACUGCCUAUUUUAUUGCUAUUCUCAGAAGCUUCUGGUAUUUAAUGAAAAAAAAAAAAAAUGUAAAUAUUAAACAUGCAUUCUUGUCAUUUUGGUAGGUUUACCUUACAGUAACUGGUAUGCAUCUUCAAUCGUCUUCAAGAUACAGGAACUUAUUUCAUUUUAAAGUACUCUCCGUUUGAUGAGGGUUUCCUUAUCCUAUGCCAAAAAGUUCUGCGUUUUAUGGUUUUUAAAACAGUUACCCUCUUCCACAUUAUUGAGUAAUCUUUUCCUUUUGACGACUUUUUUCAUCGGGUGGAACAAACAAAAGUCUGUACGAUAUCGGGUAUAUAUACUGAACUCGAUUUUCCAGCAACUCGUUUCAUGCCCAAUUUUACUAAUACAAUUUCUUGACAUGAGAUUCGGAAAAUAAUUCAAUUGAAGUUGAAAAUCUACAAUCUACUAGUGACUGAAAAGCUUUAAAAUAGAAGUGUUGUUUUUAUUAAAUUUUCAUUUUAAAUUUGAUGGUGUUGCGUGAUUUGGCGAAUUUUGUUCGAAUCUAUGAUUUCGUUCCGUUACCAAUCAUGAAACUUAAAAAAGGGAUUUGUUGAGAAAAAGGGCAUAAAAAUAGUUGUAAAUAGUCAUUAGCAAAUUAGUCAUCUAUUUCACUUAUAAAACUCGUUACAUACUUCUCAUAGUUCUUUUAACAUAUAUGACAUAAUUAUAUACUAUACAGAGAUAAAUGUGACUCAAAUCAUAUUAUAUAUUGUUGUUAUAGCAUGUUGUUAAUAUUGUUAAUGUUUGGACACAAUCUCGCCUAAAAUGUUUUAACUUGGCUGUCUAUAAAAAAUGUUAAAUAUUUUUAUUUCCGUUAUUUGAAAUGAUAUUGACGAAUGAAGAAGUUUUAGUGGCCAGUGUCAUUUUUUAAUUUAUUUAUGUAACUUUAAAAUUACCACGUAAAGGUAAAAAAUCUGUUCUUUAUUCAACAGUUUUUCAAAGAUCAUUUAUAUAAUUUCAAUUUUUACAAUAUAUUGUGAUUCGGAUACCGAUUCAUGAGAUGUAAUCCUUUUUUUUUGAAGAAUUCAUUUCUGUUAAGACUUAUUCAGUGUUGGAAAAGCGUUGAAAGAUGAAAAUGUGCAACAAGAAUUUUACCUAGUUUUUGGUUUGCUAACACCAAGUUAAAAAGUUGCGGUGAUUUUAUACACAUUCAUAGUUUAAUCGUCUAAAUGUAUAUGAUGACCAUAUAUUAACUUUACAUAAAAUAUAUGUAAUUGUAAUGUACUUUUAUUGGACAAGUUCUAAAAAAAGUUAUAUUUAAUGUUAAAAUAUGAUACUACAUUUUAGAAGAUAACGGGUGAAAUGUUAAUUAGUUGUUGCUUGAUAAACGUUUUUUAAAUUAAGCUUUCAUACUUGACAUCUUUCUGGUCAUUUGUUUGCCAAUUUGUGGAUUUCAUGGUCAUUCCUAAAUCUUUAUUUGGGAAAAUAAAAACUGUUUGUGAUUGCAUAAAAGUGACCAGACUCUCCCAUUUAUACAACAUACAUUCUUCGCGAAUAAACUGUUGCUGUGAUAUUCACUUCUGUUAAGUAAUUUGUGGCGGUAUCGUUAUCUAAAACUACGCUUUUUAGAAAUUUUGAUUGGAAUUGUUAGACGCCACAUUCAAUUUCCAAAACUAGACUAUUGCAAGAAGAACAAACUUGUGAUAUCAGUAAACAAAGUUCUAGAGAGCUACUAGAUGUCAAUUUACUAUUACACACUGCAAUAUCAAAAUAAUUUUAAUGAGCGGAGCUUAUUGAAGUCCUAAUAUGGCGUUUGAAGAUUUUAAGCCUUCUUAAUUAUAUUUUUGCAGCUUCAUAUUGCCAAAUAUAAGGUUAAAAUAGAAAAAAAUUUAAAUUUUGUUGUUCCAUUACGACUUUAUUCACUUAAUAGCCAUAAUUACUAUAUAGACACAUAGCUGUAUGAAACUAGUUUGGAAAGUGAAUGCGGCUAAUUUAUGGUAGACACAUUUCGCUACAUUGGGUAAAAAUGAUUUUAUCACGCCAAGUUUUUGAACGUACCCAGUUAUUUCAGUAACUAUAUUGUGUAUUAUAUACAGAUAGGAUCACAAUGUUGUGACUUAAGCCGCACUUGUUAAAUGUUUUUUCCACGCGAAGUUGUCUACAUAAAGGAUUAUUACCUAGAGAGCAUGUAGUUUGGAACAUUUUGGUUUUAUCUUGUAUAGAGAACUUUUUUGUUAAUUCACAUUAUGCAUUCAUCAAAUUUUUUGUUAAAAAACAUCAAAAACUGUUAUUUGUAUAUAUUUUAUUUUUAUAUAAUAUAGUUAUAUUAACUUUUGUUUAGAUAUAUAUAAAUUUUAAUCCAUAUAAAAAUUUUAUUUUUGUUUGAAAUAUAGAGAUAUUAUUGAGUAUAGGGAAAAAUCAUUGUUUCAUACAGUCUUAGGAAUACACUAGAAAUUUUUAACACGUUGACAUAUUUAAUUGCAAAAUUUUGGUUGGAUACUAAAUUAGUCUUCAUUUUAAAAAUAUCUGUAAAACUAGUGACUUCAUUGUGUAUAUGUUUAUAAAUUAUUACACAAAAGGCCUAUAUAUACUAAUGAUAAAAUUUGAGAUGUUGACUGGUCAUGAUUAAUUAUUAGGAUCACUCGAAACACUUUUAUACGUUUUCAAGCAGAAGAGUUGGUUUUUACUGCUUAGAACAGCUUAUUGAUAAGGCUAAUUUAAAUUCAUCAAAAUUAAAAUGAUUAACGAUUAAAAUGACCGUAUUUAACGGAUCUCUAAUGUUGUGAGUAUAAUGUCAAUUGUUAAUAAAAAAUAAUUUUAAAAAUACCUAAUAAAGUAGAUUAUAGAUUUAAAAACUUAAUACUUGACGAUUCUUACAUUGUUAAUAAGUCUAAAAAAUUGUUACCCGGUCAAUCCUACAAAUAAGUUAUUUUAUCCAAAUAGUUCAGAGACAAUAAAUAGAAAUAAAAUUAGGAUUAAUUUUAAAUUUGUUUUACAAAAAAAUUAUAAUUGUUGUGAUUUUUUUUUACAUAUGAUGAAUUUAAAAAAGUCAACUAAAUACUCAGCAGACGUUUUCAAUAACAGUAUAUGGACAUUAAAAAUUAUUUUAUCCUAAUAUUUAUAAAAUUUCAGACCAACUUAAAAUAAUUCACUUACAUUUUUUUUAAAUAAUAAUUUGAUGCUAAUAUAUUCGCUAGUGAUAUAAAUUUACAGUUUGAUAUUGACUUAAUUUCUGACUUGGAAUUUUGAGUGAUGCGUGAUGUGCACAUUGGGGCAUUAAAUUCAUUAUAAUUAAAUGUCUUAGUAGUAGAUUAUUUUAAGUUGGGACGUUCAUCAGCAAUGGUUACACCUAUUCUGCACAUUUAUUUUAGCAUUUUUUGAGUCAUUCAAUUGAGACAAAUACAGACAGUCGACAGAGUCAUUAUAACAAUAGUAAAUGUUUUAUUGUGAUCAAAAAGUGAUGUAAAAGAAUAAAAUUCCAAAACUAAUUGUUAUUUUGACUCUACAAGCGAUAUUAGAAUAUUUUUUUGUUUCCAUUUUAUCAUUUCUUUUAGUGACAGUUGAAAAAGUAGAUAGCCGGGGGUAUAUAUUAAACAAAUAUAUUGUUAAAACACAUUAAAUUUCAAUAAAAUCAUAGUGCCAUAUAACGUAUUAUUCAUAAAACCUCAUCUCAUCACCCACAUCCAUUCUUCCAUUCUUUGUUGCUUUCAAUUGCAAUCACUUUUUUCUAAUCCAUUUACUUGUCUAUCGUUAACAGAUAUACGGGGUUAUGAUGGACAAGUAAUGUUAUUUUUAACAGACACGUUAUUUGUGAACAGGUGUUAUUUCUGUGUGUUUAUAAAAUAACACCUGUUAAAAAUAACACAGGUUGUCAAUCAUAACCCCCAUUAUCUUCACUGCUUCAUGGAACCCGUUAUUAUAUUUUCUGACCAAUGUAAUUGCUUGUCUUUAAUUAGUAUUUUUCUUUUACAUAAAAAUAUUUGGAAGAAACAAAUUUAAAAAUAAGAUAAUUUAAAAGCCUAAGUUUCAAAACAAGUUAAUUCACAAAAUCAAAAUUUUGACAAUAAACAACCCUUAUAGGGAGUGGCUCUAGGGCGUUCACUUUUAUAAUUUUAAAUUUAAAUCUAGAUAGAGAAAUACCAAGUUUUUAAGUAUUUGAGACAAAAAUCUUUCGUUACAAAACCAAGGUCUAAGUUUUCCUUUAAAAUUGUAAUAAGCCUAAGCUCGUCAACGCCACCUCCUAAAUAAAUUUGAAGCAUAUUUCAAAAAACUUAUUUAUUUUGAUUUUGUUAAUUCACCAAUUCGAAGACUUUUAAGACUUUAAUUAGUAUAUUUCAUGAAGAUAAUGAAAUGUCAAUAUACAUUAAAGAUAGAUAUGUGUAAAUCAGAAAAAUUCGUUAUUUAUUUACUACAAUGGUAAAUUGUGAUACUGUGAUAUUUUUACUGCAGUUCCUUUAGGCAGGUACCCUCAAAUGAGUUAUUGAUAACCACCUCAUAUUUUUCUGAUUUUGUUUUUUUUUUUUAAUUCGAGAUGGUUAUGAAUACUAUUUUGAAUCUCUUGGUACUCUCAACCCAUCGCUCCAUUCACGCAAACUCAUUCCACGUAAAUUAUUUUUCCUAAGGAAAUGUUGUUAAAGUUAAAUUGUUAUUUUUUUGUAAGACAGUUUUAUUAAAUUUUUAUAUUCUUAAAAAAUGACUGAAUCUCUUUUAAGUACCGUGUUUUAUUUCUCAUUGAUUUCCAAAUUUAAUACUUUUACCAAAACUAAUUAGUUUUUUUUUUUUUAAUUAAAUCAGUUCAAUCCUAAGACCAUCGUUUAUAUUACAAAAAGGCAAUUUACAUUUAAAACAAAAUCUAGAUAGAUAAAAAUUCAAUUUUUAUUAGAUUUUUUAUGAUUGAGUUAAUCCCUUCUUGCAAGCAGGUAUUUAGAAUGAUUCCCAGCAAAGAAAAGCA